AUGGACCCGCAUGCUUUUGCUCGAGCCUUUCUCAACAAACAGACCCACCGCCCUGCAUCCAGUGGCACCACCACUCCUGAUCACAUCACUCCCUUUCCUAUCCGUCUCAUUCACGAAAGGGCCCCACGAAGGCCCCGUUCCAUCUCAUCAAUCAUCAGCAAGCCCUUGAACGAUGACUUUUAUCGCUUCUGGGACCGCUUCCUCGCGACCUCUCCGAAUCGUGCGCUAAACACAUCUGCUCUGGCUCGCCGCCUCGAACAGACGCUCAAAGCCGCCAGCGGUGAAGAAAAUGGCCUGCAUACCCAGGAGAGCCCUGCUGCGUCUUAUGAGCAGGCGAAGAGGGAAUGUCAGACCAAGGUUCAGGCCAUCGUGGCUGAAUGCAAGCGUCUCAAUCAAAGAUACCGAGACAGACAAUUCGAAGUCGAGCUCUACCAGCAUGACUGUAUCGUUCCCUUGGUGGACGAUGAAGGAAACACAACUGCUAUACAGCCGUCCGGUGUCAAGCGAGUGAAGAUCUUGAAGGACAUUUUCGAGAAACCGACCUUCAACGCAGAAGGCGCGUGUGGCGACGAUGUCAUGCAAGGCUCACUUGGCAACUGCUGGUUCAUUGCAGCUUUAGUCUCGGUCGCUGCAAAGCCAGGGCUUAUGCAACGGCUCUGCGUGGCUCGAGACGAAGCUGUAGGUGUAUAUGGCUUCGUCUUCUUCCGCGACGGAAUCUGGAUACCAGAAAUUGUAGACGACCGCCUCUUCAUACACGUCUCUGACGGCGACGACCUAUUCGUUGGCAAAUACGUGGAGGAGAGACAGACAAGGAGUACCUUCAACAACAGCAACGACAUAACGAAGCUGAGGGAGAGCUUGCAGAAGGGGGGUGAGGCACUCUACUUUGCGCGAUGCAGAGAUAGUCAGGACACAUGGUUGCCGUUGAUCGAAAAAGCGUACGCAAAGGCUCAUGGUGAUUAUGGCUCAUUACAUGGCGGCUGGGUUGGUGAGGGCACUGAAGACUUGACCGGAGGCGUGUCCAUCAACCUUGCGCCAUCAGAUAUUAUGGACAAGGCACGGCUGUGGGAGCAGCUGAUGCAGGUCAAUGAAACUUACCUUUUCGCUGGCGGAGCAUUUCACUACAAGGAGGCUGGCAACUUUGGAAAGCACGCUUAUGCCGUGCUUCAGGCGGUUGAACAUAAGGGGCUUCGGCUGCUGAAAGUCAGAAACCCUUGGGGCAACAACAAAAACACAGACAACUUUGAUGGUCCUUUCAACCACAAAUUCGAGGAAUGGAGCGCUGAGCUUGUUGAGCAACUCAAGUUCGAUUUCAAGGAUCCUGGCGUCUUCUGGGUGACCCUAGACAAUUUCCUCCGAUACUUCGACUCCAUCCAACGCACACGCCUAUUUGACGAAACCUGGACGCUGACCCAACAAUGGACCUCCGUAAAUGUGGCAGCAGGUGCGGUCACCUACCUAGAUACUAGCUUUCAUAUCACUGUGGCUCGCCCAGGACCGAUCGUCAUCGUUCUCGCCCAACCAGACGUCAGCUAUUUCCAAGGUCUCCAAGGCCGCUACACGUAUUGCCUCCACUUCCGCGUCUACGACGCGAAAGACCCCACAAGAUACUUGGCUCGUAGUAUGCACGUUUCUAGCGGGAACUACAUCAACACACGUUCGGUCAGUGUAGACCUCGAUCUCGAGGCCGGCAGCUACAACGUCCUGAUCAAGAUCUCGCCAUCUCGAGUACCCUACCGGACCGCCGAGUCGGUCAUCGAAACAGAAGCACCAUAUCGUAAGCAGAAAUUGCUUCAAAUCGGCCGCAACUUCGAACUUGCCCAUGCGAAAGGCAAACUCAGAGAAAAGGAACAAGAGGUUAGAAAGCAGAAGAAAGAACAACAGAAGAGGGAGUCAAGGGCACGGCAGUCCAAGAUGAGGAUGCUCAGGCAACAAGUCAAAGCCAGAGAGAAGAAACGUAAAGACAGAAUUGCACAAGAGAAGAGAGAGCGAGAAAAGAUGGACCUCCUUAAGCGGGCGGGCGUCGUUUUUGCUCCCUUCCCAAAUGAUGAUCCGCCUGUCAAUCUGACCAGCAAGCCUGCAGGAGGACCUGUCAGUCCGCCACCGUUACCACCACCUAUGAAGUUUACGGGCUACGUUGGAAGCGAUAUGGAUCCUAAUGCCGAGCUCGAAGACGAUGACUUUGCGUGGGACAGUGAGAUGGAUGGAGAUGUCUAUUCGUCCUCUAGUGAGGAUGAAAAGGACUGGUUUGCGGAUGAUCCAUGGAAUGCAUUGCUUGUGCUUGGCUUGAGGGUGUACUCUCAAGCAAGUGGUGUCUCAAUCAAGGUCCGUGAUGGCGACGAAGCGUAUGAUGAUUUCAUCGUCGUGACCCCACCGUCGACCAGCACAUCAGACACUGAAAUGCCAACCAAGGCCACAGAAACAAAGGAGGAAAAGAAUGGCAAGACAGACGAUCAAAUGGAGAACCCCAAGGCUCAGACUCGGCCCGAGGAUGCCAAAAUUGAUGGUGAUGCCGAAAAGCAGCCUUCAGUCUCGAGCGAAGCAACACUAGUAAUGGAAGCGACAUCGGACACAGAAGAGAAGACCCUCAGAAGCGAUUUUGACGACAAGCCGGCCCACCACGACGCCAGUGUGACAAUCGAGAAACCGGCUUCAGAGGGAAUUGCGAGUCAGACACCAGACGAAGAAGCUGCAUCGGCAUCGAAGGACGAGCAACAAGAAGCAGGGGCAGGGAAAUCAAUCUCGGAGGAAAAGGCAGAUUGA